CUAUCGAGCAAUUUCCCCGUCUUCACCACUAUUGCGUCUUCGCAUGCUUGCAUGACCACCUCCAAUGUCCGCCUAUGCUCCUAUGGCACGUCCUCUCGCGCUCCAGAACAAGUAGGUCUGCCAACGUAGCGCGACCUGCGUCCCAGCCCAGCUGGCAGCAAUGGCGCAAAGAUGUCCAUCAGAGGCAGCGAGGGUACGCUUUCACCCUCGGAGUGCGCCAGCAAGAUGAGACGGUCCAACGCCCGGAUGCCAAUGCUCAUGAAUACUCGGACUUUGAUGCCAACUCGGCAUACCUAGACUUCAUAUUGGCUCGUCAAUGUGCACCGCCCUCAACCGAACCCUCGCGUGCUCAGUCCCCUGCGAGCUCGAAGAAACCGGUAAUAUCCAACACUGCUACAUGGCCGACGACUACUGAGAUGUCCGAGCCAGUCUUGGCGUCGUCUAUAUUGGCAGAGGACGUGGAGCACUCACUAAUUCGAAGAGUCGAGCCAUCGCCGCGAACGCACACUCAGCUCCGUCGAAGACUGGCAAAUCACUCCAAAGCUGUUCCCGUACCUCACGUUGGCAAAGUCUUCCGACCUCUUCGCAACCCUGUGGAGAGGCAAAGGGCGGCUCUCGCUCGGAAAAUGCCGCAUCUCAGUCCUGCAGAGAUUAUGCGACUCUCCACGCGUUUGCGAGCGAAUCAAGAAGGGUUGGGGACACCGGCAAGGUGGACCUCAAGUCGUUCGGAUCUCCAACCUACCGCUGUCUUUUCCUCUCAGUGGAAUGUUGCCUUCGCUCGGCUUAGCCGUCAGUAUGACCUUAUGCGAUUACCCGACAACCGUCGAGUCGACAAUAUCGGCGAGCCACAGAAAAAUCCAGAAACGCAACAAUGCCUUGAAGAAGUCCUGCACAUGCUGCAUGACGAGAGCAGUAACGCUAUUGAUCUAUCCAACAUAGCUAAGCGUUACCACAGACUCGAUCGUCAGGUUUGGGCGGAUGUUGCGCUACACCUGUUGAAGUACGAUAAGCCCAAGGUGACGAGAUUCAUUCGCGCAACGAACCAUCAACCCUAUCCGCCCAUCAAUUGGGUUGCGGACUGCCUGCAACUGAUUGCGUUGCAUUGUCAAUGGGCUGCCGGGCAGACAGACGAAGCCCGUUCUGCUACGUUCCGCGACCUCAUCGCCACAUUCUUCGAAGUCCUCAACCGCGAGACACUCGAACGUUGGACAUUCAGCGAUAGCAGCUACAUUCGGUUGUUGCUGCCUUUCUGUACAACGGAGCAGGUUCGCAAGAUCUUCGAGACGAUAAGGUCGGGAAGGCUUCAGUGUUCAUGGCUGACCGUGCUGCAACUGGUAUACCGCUUCGCGCACGCUGAUCAGAUGGAGUUGGCCCUAGACGCUCUACUGCAAUGCGAAAAGACAACUGGCGUUGAGGUGAAUUCGGUGCUCUUCCGCAGCGCAUGCUCCACCAUACUCCGGCAAGCCAGCAGGCACCCGGACGGCUUGCGGAUCUCUCUACGCAUCAUUGAAAAUCUCAGCCAACUCGGUCUGCAUUUAAAUGUUCAACUCUUCAAUAUCGUCCUGCUGAACUCGGUGGAAGCCGGAGAUUUGGAGACGGCUCACAAGCUCUACCGCUCCAUGAUCGAGCAGGGCCAUCAGCCGGACAAGCAUACCUGCGCCAUCCGGCUCAAGGCGUGCAAAAGCGACAUUGAUAACGCCAAGCUGUUGAAGGAAGUCAUACAGUACACGAUUGAGCAUGUCGAUGUGAAGAAUGAAGAUGUCGUCACCGGCGAGAUCUUGCAUUGCCUAGCGCUGCACCACGUCAAGCAUAAUCCUAAGACUGCAUUCGAAACAGUCGCCACCGCUUUCGCCCAGUUCUACGAUACCAAGCCACUCAACAGAUUGGGCUUAAAUAUGCCGGGAUCACCGAUAACAGACUCCGACGAACCGACAGCGCCGAAGCGGGCGCCAACGUCUUUUGCAAUCAAGCAUCUCAUAUGGACAUGGCUCGCCACGCAGGCUAGAGUGAAAGACGCCGCCGAGAUAUACGAUCGCUGGCGCGAGCUGGUAAAAAGCGGCGACCCAGUCCUUGCUCCUCUGGCUGCCGAUAGCGACGUCGCCUUGGCGAACAUGUUCCUCUACGCCUUCACCAAGACCAAGCGAUCACUCCUGAACGCUGCGCAGGUGGUCAAGGACAUGCAGCAGCCGCUCCCGGCAUCCGCAAGCGUCACGCAAGCUCCGCCGACCCGUAUCACCUGGUCAACCUUCCUACACGGCUUCGUCAGGCAAGGAGAGAUGAAACUCGCCGAACAAGUACUGCAAUACAUGCGCAAGCGUGGAAUGGAGCCCGACGUCGUGACGUGGACCUCGCUGCUGGGCGGAUAUGCGCAGGCGCAGGAUGCCGAAGGUCUGGCGGAGACGGUGCGAAGGGCGGACGAGCAGGGGACGGUGUGGAAUCAGUGGGCUGAGGUUAGUUUGAGGAGGUUUCGGAACAGGGAGAAAUUGAAGUCCAUUCUGGAUGAGCAGAGGCUGCAGCAGAGUUUGGAUUUCAGUGGGGAGUUGAAGGAGGGCUUGGGCGUGAGGUUGAGUAAGGCAGGGGAGAGGGAGGGUGUGCGUGGCUUACGGGAGAGUGCGAGAAGGCCGUUCGGCGGAGAGCGACACGCAGAUGCAUCGGCUGAGCUUGAGAAGCUGGCGAGUAGUAGUAGCGUCUCCACGUAGAUAAACAGACACCAUUUGCCUCGUACACUCUCUGUUUCGAGAAGCC